AUGUACAUAUAGGACCCAAGCGAAGCCGGGGUCGUCUCCUAGACAAAGGAAGACAAUAAAGGCAAUCGACUUUUCCAACUUCAAGCUAACCAUCCAGUCUCAACACCAACAUUAGAAUACCAUAAUCACAAUGUCAGUAGAAUCGUCUAAAGGAAACCAAGAUGCCUACCUGGAAAAGGAACUGAAUUCAACAUGGUCCACCGCAGAAGUCGACGCCAUGAAACCGACCCUUGAACACGACCUCGACCGUGAUUCCACAUCAAGUACUUUGGUAGCAUCAUCCACGUUAGAAGAGGACAAGGCAAACUCCGGCCGAAUUCUCGUUGUCGGAGGCGAGGGAAACUACCUAUCCCUGGCGGACGGACGAAAGAUACUAGACGGUUGUGGAGGGGCAGCUGUGGCAUGUCUUGGACACGGCGUCAAGGAAGUCUCUGACGCAAUAUUCGCUCAAUCUUCCACAGUAUCUUAUGUCCCCUGGGGAUUCCUCGACAGCCAGAGUCGGCGGGAUUUAAAUACAUGGCUCUCGCAAAGUUCUGGUGGCCACUUCACCAAAGCGUGGAUCACAUCUUCCGGGUCCGAGGCUAUGGAGGGUUCAAUCAAACUAGCCCGUGAAUACUUCGUUUGGACAGGAGAAACCCAGCGUGUUAAUUAUAUCGCGAGGGAUGAAUCAUACCACGGCAUCACCUUGGGUGUGUUGUCUGUAGGAGGUCACUUCAACAGAAGAGCCCCCUUUCAACCACUCCUAACGCCCAAUGUCUACCACAUACCGGCUUGUAACCCUUACCGCCAAAGGCUUCCGGGGGAGGCUGACGAGGAAUUUGUUUCUCGGAAGGUCGAGGAGUUAGAGAAAGCUUUCAUCCAAGCUGGACCGGAUUCAGUAGUAGCUUUCAUUGCGGAGCCAGUUGUUGGAGCAGCCGCCGGUUGCAUGCCAUCUGUCCCUGGCUAUUUCAAGGCUAUGAAGGCUGUAUGCGAUAAGUACGGAGCCCUACUCAUAUUAGACGAGGUUAUGUGUGGUAUGGGCAGGACAGGAACCCUCCACGCCUGGGAGCAGGAAGGUGUUAUACCAGAUAUCCAAGCAGUCGGAAAAGGCCUUGGUGGUGGGUUCCAGCCUGCCUCUGCUAUACUCGCCAGCCAGAAGAUCGUACAAGUAAUGGAAGCGAAGAACGUAGCCUUCACGCAUGGGCACACGUAUAUGGACCAUCCCGUGGUAUGCGCGACGGCCCUGAAGGUACAGCAGAUCAUCAAACGCGACAACCUCCUAGAAAACGUCAAAGUCCAAGGCCGAUACCUGGAAACGUUGCUCCGGACCAAGCUGCAGGACCACCCGCACGUCGGCGAUAUCCGAGGUCGUGGCUUGUUCUGGGGCGUCGAGCUCGUCGAAGACAAGGCAACUAAAAAGCCAUUCGAUCCGAAGCUCCAGCUUUCGCUGCGUGUCCAGCAGACGGCUUUAAGCGCCCCGCAUAACUUGGCGAUAUACCAUGGCCAGGGCUGCGCUGGUCAAGGCAGAGGUGACCAUAUCAUGAUUAUGCCGGCGUACAAUGUCACUUCGGAUGUUAUUGAGAUGAUCGUUGACAGAUUCGUUGCCGUGCUCGAUGACGUAUUUGGGAAAUUGGAGGAUGGGAAAGGUGUUGCAACAGCUUAAGAAUUAGGCAAAUCAUGGUUACAGUACUGUUGGCUCUACUCAAUUUUCGGUCUCUACUUGUAUAACUGAUAAUUAUACAAUUAACUCAAAAAUACAAAUGCCAAAUACCAAAUA